AUGUUUUUGCCUAUUGAUGAAUCGCAUCAGACCUCUGCAUCUGCACUCAUCCCUCUUAUUGCUUCGGGUCCACACGGGUCUGAAGAGCUUAGGCCACACCAGAAAUGUUCAGUACAAUGCGGCCUCGUUCGUAAUCACAUUUUUCCCGCUUUGGAAGGCAAAAUGAAGACUGAAGAGCAGAAGAUUGUCUAUGGCGACCGGCUGACCGAACUCGAACAAAGUCCGGCAGGUUGUGGGAAAGCGGCACCAGCGUAUGCAGAAGCGCGAUGA